CAAAGACACGCAGCAAUCCCGAGUUCGAUCCUCGGCUGGGAAAUCACUUUUUUGCUGCCCAUUUAUUGCAUCAUCCGUCCUUUUCUUUUUGCAAGCCGACUGCGACUAUCCCGAGACGCUCCUCAGCUUUGGCCCAUUCACCCGCACCGCGAUGGAGUGCGGAAACCCGUUGUACCUCCACUGGAUCGAGGAGUGGAUGGAGCAUGCACGCGAACACAACAACCAGUCGUAUUUUAUAUAUCGCAAGGCGUAUGAGUCAAUGGCCAAGUACCCUACGCGGUUCACGCAUCCCGCGGAGGCCCUGUGUCUGGCUGGAAUAGGAGAGAAGACCGUGGCCAAGCUGGAACUGAAGCUGAUGCAGUACUGUAAAGACAACAACCUGCCCAUGCCCACAAUUCCCAAGAGGCGGAAAGCAGUUGGCCAUGUUCAGAUGGAGGAAGAGGAGGGACCAAAGCCGAAAAAGGCGCGUACCCCAAAAGUGCAUAAACCCUACGUACCAACUUAUAGAUCUGGAGCAUACGCCAUCCUUCUGGCGUUACUGGAUGCCAAAGCGACCGAUGGUGAAGGAGCCUUGACCAGGCACGAAAUCACUCUCAAGGGCCAGAUUUAUUGCGAUGUCUCCUUGACAAAUCCAGAACAUGGCAAGUUCUACACAGGAUGGAGCUCGAUGAGUACACUGCUGAGCAAAAACCUUGUCUACAAGUCCUCAACAAUGUAUUAUCUCACAGAUGAAGGCACGGAUAUCGCAGAACGAAUGAGACUCAUCACCAGCGAAACCGGAUCUAACACUACGUCAGCCUCGGAUGCACCAGAGCUUCCAACAGUCGCUUCUUCAUCAACGUCGCGACAGGGUGCGGUAGAUCCACCCAAGGAUCGUACAGUCAAAACCAAUGCUCGUUCAACCACAUCCGCCUCAUCCUCAACCCAUACAUCCCACCAUGAUGGUUACGAGGAUACUUUCAGGGACAAUGCCGAUGCACAUGACACCUACGACCUGUACAGAUCAUGGAAGGACCCUCGAUGCCACGCCUUAACCUCUUCAGCCAGUACAUCAAAAUCUAUUUCGUCUGCGGUGCCUUCACUACCAGCACUUCGUGCGCUAAACCUGCAAGGAAGCAACAAAGAACAACCAGUUAAUAUCCUCAGCGAUUCCGAAGACGAAAAUGAUGAAGUGUUGUCGAGUAACAGCAGGAGUAUGACCUCCACUCAUCUGAGUCGAGCCUCUGCAGUUCUCUUGGAAUCUACCGCAGUGUUAUCGACCAAGGGCUCUACAGGGGAAGCGCCCAAGGCUGUAUCGUCAGGGCUUCAGAGAGCGCCUUCUCUUUUCAAGAUACCGACGCAGUCAGCUGCAUCGGUCCCAGCUAGUCGUUCUAGAACAUCGUCUUCGCUGGAGUCCUCCUCAAUAUCAACGGCCUCUACAAUACCACACACCAACAGCUCAAGUGGAUUGAAGGGACUCCGGAUAGGCGAUUCUGAGAUAUCCACACACGACCCUUUCCCUCAUCUGAGAACCAAUUCAUUUUCGCUUCCGAGGGCCAGGAGCGCCGGGUCUACUGCGCUGGACAUCGAGAGAUUAGUAAGGUUCAAGCCGAUCACCUUUCAUCCGGGAAGUUUUGAAAUCUGUCUUAUACUGGAUAUUCGUGAGGUGCGAAGCCAGACGGAUCGCGACUACAUCGGAGACAAGCUGAAGGAACGCGGGAUUAGUGUGACCACACGUGUACUGGAUAUCGGCGAUGUCAUCUGGAUUGCGCGACUGAAGGACCCCAUUUUUAACGGCGUGACUGAACUUGUUCUGGAUUACGUUGUCGAGCGCAAGCGAAUGGAUGACUUUGUCGCAAGUAUCAAGGACGGACGGUUCAAUGAACAAAAGUUUCGGCUCAAGAGAUCGGGGUUGGCGAAUAUCAUUUAUUUGGUUGAGACAUAUAAGGUGGGUGAGACGUAUGAUAUCGGAGCAGAAGCUAUCCGCGCGGCGAUAAUGGCGACCCAGGUUCAGGAUGGUUUCUUCGUCAGGCGCACGAACAAUACGGAUCAGACUAUCGACUACUUUGUCAGCAUCACAAAUGCACUCAAACGUCUCUACGAGUCCGAAACACUCUACGCGAUCCCAGAUGAGAACAUUGACCGCCUGUCGUACUUGGAUCUCCAGGACCAUCUGAAAGCGCACAUGCCUGACCGGACGUUCUUGACCAGCUACAAAUCGUUUACGAUUCUCAAUGGCAAGUCUGAAACCCUUAUGGUCAAGGAUACAUUUGUGAAGAUGUUGAUGACUAUCCGCGGCAUCAGCCCUGAGAAGGCCAUGGAAAUUGCUCGGGUGUAUGGGACACCACGGGCGUUGUUUUCGGCACUGGACGAGGCUGGCGAUAAGGCGUCCCAAAGCCAGCGGAGGAUGGUCCUUGCUAGGUCUGGCUCGAAUGUGGGUAAAAAGAAGAUCGGACCCGCGCUGAGCGCUAAAGUGGCUGACAUUUGGUACACGGAUUUGUACUCCUAAUAUACUCCUUUGCGUUUUUUUCAAUUACCGGAAUAAAAUUACUAGUUUUCCGGUUCUUAACCCUCA